CAACGGCUGCCGCUCGCGUUGCUGUGUUGAAUGUGGAACGUUGCACGUUCGCAGUCGCUGUCGCUGUUGUUGCCGUUGUGCGCGUAUUUGCCGACGCGUUUUUGGCCCGAAUCGAACAUUUCCAAAUGUGUAAAAUGUGCACCACAAAUUAAAGAACUAAACGGUGAUAUUAUACCUUAGAACUUGAUUGAAGCUAAUUAAAAUGCCGCAACGCACGCCGAGUCCCGUCGCCAUGAGCGCCACACGCAGCUGCAGCAGUCCGGCUGUAUCCGAGAUUUCCGUGGGCUCGCCCAGUCCGCCGCCGCUGCCGCUUAACAUGAAACGCCUGCGUAUGCUGCGAAGUCCGGCGACCAUACGCAAGUGCAGCCAGCCGGGCGCCGGCGAGCGCAUCAAAAGCUUCUCCAUAGCCGAUAUACUGGGCCGGGCGGAUGAGGAGCGCCCGGCUGUGGCGCCCACAGAGCGCCUGCAGGCGCCACAGCCCGUGGUGGCCACAGCGGCGCCGGCCAUGCUGCAUCCGGGACUGCAUCCGUUUCUGCCGCCGGCGCUGCUGCACAGCUAUGAGCAGCGCCUGGCGUGGGACUAUCAGCGCCAGCUGCAGGAGCACUUCCAGGCGCAGCUGCUGCGCCAGAUGAGCCUGGAUCCCGCCAGAAUACCCAUACCCUCCGAGGAUGGCAGCUCCGAGGAGCGCUCGCAGCGCUCCAGCAGCAGCAAUGGCAGCACCGACUGCUGCACGCCCCGCCAAGGCCAGGCCAAGCCAGAAGAAAAAUCAAAGCAAAUAGUUGCCCAGAAUUCCGAUCCCGGCCAGAAACCAGCAGCGGGCGCCGAUACGCCGCUCGAUGCGCUCUUUCAGCUAUCGACCAAAAACUUUGACGAGGAGCAGGAUCCCGCCACGCUGAACAUCUUUGCCACGAGAUCGAAUCCAAAGAAGAAGCGCAAAUCGCGCACCGCAUUUACGAAUCAACAGAUCUUUGAGCUGGAGAAACGAUUUCUCUAUCAGAAAUAUCUGUCGCCAGCGGAUCGCGAUGAGAUUGCCGCCGGUUUGGGUCUCUCCAAUGCGCAGGUGAUCACAUGGUUCCAGAAUCGACGCGCCAAGCUGAAGCGCGACAUGGAGGAGCUGAAGAAGGACGUGCAGAGCGUGAAACAAUUACCCGACCAGUCAGCAGAUCGCACGCGAUGCCGGCCGAGCAGUAGCCACCACCAUCAUCCCCAUUCCCAUCAGCAGGCUCCGACCGGGUCCAGUCGGGACAAGGAGGAGCUGCGCAUGCUCAAGAUGAUGACCCUGAUGCGCUACUCGGACGGCAAGCUGCUCUACCCCUCGCCCCCGACGGAGGCGGGCAACAGCAACAAUCCGCAUUAACUUCAAGAUUAGCCCAAUUUCUAACUGAAACACAAACAAAACGCGCGACUUCUAAUUUGCCAAAAAAAAAAAAGGAGGAGAAACAAAAGAAGAAAAAGAAAGCAAAGCAAAUGGAAACAUUUUCUUUUAAUCAUUUUCCUAAUUUUAGAGUAUUCAAUUUCGUAUUAGCUGCUUGUGAUUCGUGUCUAAAUAGCUGUAAUAAUUAUGCACGUCCGUCACUCAAGAGUGUUUACUGUGCUAGCCGAAUGUAGAGUAUGUGGAGUAUGUCACGGUUCAUAAUUUAAGUUUUUGCAAUCUAAAAUAAAUCUUAGCAUUUAGAUUAACGA